GAGAAGCCCUUCAUCUGCGAGAUCUGCGGGAAGAGCUUCACCAGCCGGCCCAACAUGAAGCGGCACCGUCGGACGCACACGGGGGAGAAGCCGUACCCCUGCGACGUGUGCGGGCAGCGCUUCCGCUUCUCCAACAUGCUCAAGGCGCACAAGGAGAAGUGUUUCCGCGUCACCAGCCCCGUCACCGUGCCCUCGGCCGUGCCCAUCCUGCUCUCCGCCUCCUCCUCCCCCGCCGUGCCCGCCGUGCCCCCCCCCGGCCCCCGCCCCGGCCGUGCCCCUGAGCCCCGCGGGCGCCGCUCCCCCCCGGCCCGUCCCGCACCCCUACCAGCACCUCCACCUGCACCCCCACGCCCACCACCCCCACCACCACCUGCCCGUGCCCCCCGUGCCCCACCUGCCUCCCCCCCCGGCCCUGUUCAAGAGCGAGCCCCUGAACCACCGCGGGCAGGGCGAGGAGCCCUUCCUGCGGCACCUGGCCGAGAAGAACAGCCCGGCCCAGCACCACUGACGGGCCCGGAGGUACAGGGCUCACUGGGGGAGGAUCUCUGGCUCAGCUCCCUGGAAUCACUUCACAAGGAUAAAACAAAAACACCCCGUUUGUGGUCGGCGCCCGUUUUCCAACCCGACAGGACCGAGGAAAAAAACAACCCCAACUUGGGUCGUGGUUUCUUUCCCCUCCACCCCCCGCCGGUGACUUUUAUGAAUUUCAGACACUGA